AUGGAGUAUCCAACAUGAUCUUCCGCUCUGCUGUUCCCGAUAUUAAAAUCCCAUCAUUGGGCGUCUACCAGUACGCUACGCGAAAUGAAAAUGGAAUUGAUGACAACAAGCCAGUAUUUAUCGAUGCUGUGACCGGUGUCGAGUUGACUUUUGGUGCAUUUAAGAGGGACUCGAAGAGGCUGGCGGCUGGAUUGCAGGAUAAGCUCGGUUUGAAGAAGGGCGAUGUUGUAGCUAUAUUCUCACCUAAUCAGGUCGAUUACCCCGUUGUCUUUUUUGGCAUAAUUGCAGCCGGUGGUAUCCCAACGUUGGCAAGUCCUCAGCAAACACCAAAAGACUUUCAGGCUCAAGUUUGCGAUUCAACCGCAUCAGUUAUAAUCGCCCAUCCGCUCGUCUUGGCCACUGCUCUCGAAGCAGCGAAAAACUGCGAGUUUCCAGUGUCAAAGAUUUUUCUCUUCGGUGGAGAAGAAAAAGAUGGCAUUAAACCGUACACGGAUCUAUUGGGAGACCGUGAAGCCGAACCGGUUGUAUUCACGGAAGAAGAGCUUAAGGAACAACCGGCGUUCUUGUGUUAUAGUUCGGGAACGACUGGAUUGCAAAAGGGAGUCAUGACAACACAUUACAACGCGGUGUCCAACUUUGAACAGAACAAGGCCUUUGAAGAACCAAAAAUGCAUUCGAAUCUAGUUUUUAUGGGUCUUUUGGGCGCUACCGUUGUAGUCAUUCCAAAGUUCGACAUAACGCUCUUUUGUACAACCAUCCAAAAAUACAAGGUCAACAUAGCUCAUAUUGUCCCGCCUAUAAUCGUAUUGUUAACGAGGAGUCCGGUCGCAAGGACUUGCGACUUUUCGAGUAUGCAAGUAUUCAUAAGCGGCGCUGCACCAUUGAGUAAGAGCUUGACUGAAGAGUGCUAUUCUAUCUGUCAAGUGCCUAUAAAGCAAGGAUUUGGCUUGACCGAGACAUCACCGAUUACGCAUCUUGGUAGCAACUCGAAUCCUGUCGAUGGUUCAAUUGGAAAGCUUUUGCCGAACCUUGAGGCAAAGAUUGUAUCCGACGAUGGCAAAGAGCUUGGAUAUAACGAGCCCGGAGAACUGUGCCUUCGCGGACCAAAUAUCAUGAAGGGUUAUUGGAACAACAAGACGGCAACAGACGCGUGUUUCGACAGCGAAGGGUUCUUCCACACUGGCGAUGUUGCGACCGUCGCAAGUAUCAUUUCUAAAACCGAUGAGAAUGGAAAUUUCUUUAUCGUUGAUCGUAAAAAAGAACUGAUCAAAUACAAAGGCUUCCAGGUUGCUCCGGCCGAGCUUGAAGCGCUCCUUUUAACUCAUCAAAGCGUAGCUGAUGCUGGCGUUGUUGGUGUUUGGACAGACUCUGAAGCGACAGAGUAUCCUAUUGCGUACGUUCAAACCAAACCAAACAUCGAACAGACUGAUGAACUCAAGAAAGAUAUUGAAAAGUAUGUUGCUGAUAAUGCUGCACCAUGCAAGAAGCUGCGUGGAGGUGUCGUUUUUGUUGAUAAAGUGCCGAAGAGCGCGUCAGGGAAAAUCUUGAGGAGGCAGUUGAGGGACAGGGCCAUUGAGGAUUAUGCAAAGAUGAAUCGGUGA